AUGAAGCAUAACAACAGCGGACAGCGAAAGUCCGAGGCCUCGCAGCAGGAGUGGGAGCGUGUUGCGAUGGACGAUGAGAUAGGCCAUGCCAGACGCAACAACAACCGUCCAGGUACCCGCCCAGCAGGCCCACCAUAUACUGACCGCAGUAUAGGCUGGCUGGGGCGUGGAUGCGGCAGUGACCCCAAGUUCGGAUCCCAUGGUUCUGUUGUCUGCCUUGAACUCCCAUGCUACAGUAGCAGCGGCCCACAGAGCGGCAGCUUUGUGCUUUCAACAUGGUUCUUGGCGAUCCCCAUCGCAGUGUAUUCGCACGGUAGGUUCCACCCGUUCUCGCAAGCGGCCGGUCCUAACGGUUGUUUCCUACCGCCAGAUGCUGCCGAUCGUCCGCCAUCGGUUCUCCACGGUGAGUUCAUCCCCUAUUCCUCUGGUAGUCAAGUAAGUUUGCCACCGGUAUAG